AUGACAGAAGAUCAUAAGAAUAACAAAGAAUACGCCAUUUUAUCGUCCUCCAAUAUAUGUGAUACGUUUGAUACUUUAAGGAGAUUUUUUCCUGAUGAAUUGAACAAUUUUGGAGAAUAUAUUAUCAAUGGUGGACAAUACAAAAAACAUUUUUGUAAAUCAAACUGUACCGAUAUAGAUAAAAUUAAUGGUUAUAUCUUAUGGUUAUUCAAUAGUAUUUUAAAUGGUAUAUAUAAUUGUGAUUCUAAAGAAAGUUGUAUUACCGUGGCUUUUGUAUAUAUAUUGGGGUGGCUAAGUUAUAAGUUAGAUCAAAAAACAGAAAACAGAGUCAUCAAAUUAAACGAUUUCUAUAAUAUGUAUAUAGCAAAUGGGAAUGAGUAUAAAAAGUCUAUAGAUAAUGAUACGGAAUAUAAAACUUAUAAGGAUAUUAUAGAUAAAAAUAAGAAAUUGAUGGAUAUUGAUAUUAAAGUUAUAUCUAAAUUUUAUUAUGCAUUUAAUAAUUUGUGUAAAAUGUAUACUGAGCUUUCAAAGGCGAAGAAUAAAAGCGAGGAAUAUUUAAAAUAUGUUAAUAAUUUUGUUGAUAAUUAUAAUACUCUUUUUAAUGAUAAAAACGCUAAUUUAUUUAAACGAGUACUGUCUGCUGCAUCAUACGAUUAUAAUUAUAUAAAAAAUACAUUAAAUGUUGAAUCUAUAAAGAAUAAAAUUCCAGAGCUUUCAAAUGAAAGAACAGCACCACAAGCUUCUGGAUCAAGUUUUAAAGGAACACAAAUGGAUGACUCCUCGAGUGGAACAUCAACAUCAGAUUCUGAAACUAAAGUAUCAGAAACUGAAAAUGAAUUAUCAAAUUCUGAAACGGCAAAAUCAAUUCCAUUGGUAAUAAACAAACUGAUUCCAAUUCCAUUUAUAUUUGUUGUAACAUUAAUUUUAUUAGGAAUUGUAUAUAAGUAUUCGUUAUUUGGAUUUCGGAAGCGAUCUCAAAAACAAUAUUUAAGAGAAAAGCUAAAAAAAUAA